AUGAACAAUCCUGACGCUGAGCCCUUUAUGACUCCUGUGCCUUGGAAGGAGUGGAAUUUAUUCGAUUAUCCCGAAAUUGUGAAGAAUCCAAUGGAUUUGUCAACUGUCAAGGUUUUCCCCGUUCUUUCAAUAUCAGAUCAAAAGUUAACAGAUAACAAGUACCCAGAUGCCUACGCGUUUGCCGAGGACAUGAGGUUGAUCUGGAGCAAUUGUAUUCUCUAUAACCCAGAAGGAACGGAAGUAAGGGCUGCGGGAGAGCACUUUUCGGUGCUAUUCGAGGAGAAAUGGAAGGCGUUACUGAACAAGCGUAGGUUCUUUCUCUCGAUGAAUAACAAUUAG